UGUUCAUGUUCGUUUCUUUUACUCAUCUAGUCUCUCUGUUUAUUGUAUAACAUGUUCUGCCACGAUUUACGUUUGUAAAAUUGUGAGUGUUCUGCUAAUACUUCCAUAAUAGAAAAUUGUAAAAUGGAGGAUAUGAAGAGUUUCCUUGUGCUGUAUCCACAUGGUAAUGCGGUGAUAUCUUGUUGAGUUGAGAUGAGUAAAUGAUUGCAUGGAUGAUGAAAGGGUUUGCCACUACUUCACAAUGCUCUGCUCUUUGCAGCAUUUCAAUUUAAUCCUGUAAAGGAAUGGUUUUUCUUGAUAAAAUGAAACAAAUUCUGGCUUGUCGUGUUGAUGUCCAACACUAAAGUUAGGAUAUUUGAAGAAGAAAACACCAGAUGUUCUGCUCUUAUGGCAUUUGUUCUGGUUUUGGGUCAGUCUCGAGAAAUGCAAAAGUCCGUCAGAAGGCCAGGGGUUCUAGAAUACGUGAGUACUUCUACAGCCCUGCGAACGAUCUUUCCCCUCAUUCGAAUACAGCCAAUUUCAGUGAUUUGUUAAUCUAUCGUAUUGGUGGUGGACCCCAAGUCCCACGCUCUGCUCUGCCAGUUGGUGCUGAACCAGUCUCGGAUCGUUUAAGAGUGAAUCCAUGAACCACAUAGUGAUUUUUUUCGUGAUCUUAUAUAGUCGGUUGACGUAUUUGGAUUUUGCAUGGUUUUAGAGGGUUGUCUUGGAUUAUUUUGAUUAUAUUUCUAUAUUUUGGUAUGUU